AUGAAAGCACAUAUUCAUGUAAUCACAGAUAGUGAUUUUCCACAACAAUUGCUAAAAAUUGGGGAUGGAAUUUUUCCCAGUCCAAAUUUAAGCGAAAAUUGUGACAUCCUUCUGGAUGAGUUACUAGGCCAGAUAGUCCAUAAUUUAGAUAAUUUAAUAGAUGCAGUUUACCCUGACAUUAAGAAAUUGCACGAAAAGGACUUUCAUUGGUUGUGUUCGAGGGCAAUAGUGUCACCCAGGAAUGAUACUGUCAACGAAAUAAACAAUAUGAUUUUACAAAAAGUUUCUGGCCAAAUAAAAAUCUACGGUUACGCCGUAGGCCUCGGGCGAAACUGA